CCAUUUUAAACUAUCACCACAAAAAGAGGAAGAAAAAGCUAGUAAGAGACAACAAUCACUUAUCCAUUUUUUUUAACUAUGUGAAGUUUCUUGUUUGGUUUUCUGAAACACAAAACAGUCAUUACUUUAUUAUAUUUCCUUUGCUAGUUACAUUUCCCUUCAAAUGUUAUUUUAAUUUAUCAUUCUUGAAAACAUAAAUUUCUGUGUUUAACAUUAGUUUUGUGGAAGUUUCCUAUUUUUGUCAUUCUUUUGAUCAUUGUUGAUGAGUUAACUACCUUAACUAUUGGAGCUGUUGAAGUUCCAAGAAGAUGGGGUUGGAUGACGAUGACAAAGAAACCGGACAAACUAGUGAGGCUGGUAAUAAAGAACAAGAAGAACAUCAUGAGCCUCUUAGCAGGCAUACGAGUGAAUCGUCUGUUUAUGGAACUGAAGAAGAUGAAGAUGAAUAUGGAAGCAAAAUACAACUAGGUCCUCUUUGCACUAUUAAAGAACACCUUGAGAAAGAUAAGGAUGAUGAGAGUCUGAGAAAAUGGAAGGAGCAGCUUCUUGGGAGUGUGGAUGUAGACAACAUUGGAGAAAUUCUUGAACCAGAAGUGAAUUUUACAAGUCUUUCAAUAAUAUCUCCUGGAAGAGAUGACAUAGUUCUUCCAAUUCCUGAAGAUGGAAAACCAAAGGGACUAUGGUUUACACUUAAAGAAGGCAGUCCUUACCGUCUCAAAUUCAGCCUUGUAGUGACAAAUAACAUUGUUUCUGGAUUAAAGUACACUAAUACUGUAUGGAAAACUGCUGUUAAAGUGGAUAGCGCUAAAGAGAUGCUUGGAACUUUCAGUCCUCAGCAAGAGCCUUACACACAUGAAAUGCCAGAAGAAGUUACACCUUCUGGGAUGUUUGCUAGGGGACAAUAUACUGCAAGAACAAAGUUUCUUGAUGAUGACAAUAAAUGUUACUUGGAGAUCAACUAUACUUUUGAUAUUAGGAAGGAUUGGGCUUGAUCAUGCAUGGAGAGCUUACCAAUCUUUAUCAGUAAUUCUACCA